AUCAACGAACACUACAAGGUUUUGUUCUGCCACUUCCUUGUUUACGGCGGUUCCUUAAACCCUAACAAAAACAAAGCUUUUCUCCGAUCACAGUAAAACCUCGUUAGUACAAUUGGGUUCAAUGGCUGCCAACGUCCCAGCUGGAAUAGACAAAGAGCAGGCGUUUGGCAUGGCAGAAACAGAGAUGGAAUACAGGGUAGAACUCUUUAACAGGCUUGCACAAACCUGUUUCAACAAAUGCGUUGACAAAAGGUACAAGGAGGCCGAGCUAAACAUGGGGGAAAACAGUUGCAUUGAUCGCUGUGUUUCGAAGUAUUGGCAGGUGAAUAGCAUGAUUGGCCAGAUGCUCAGUGCUGGAGGUCGGCCUCCGAUGUAACACGGUCAUCUUCUUGUUAUGUUAAA